UACUUCUACUCCUACAUAGAAACAUAGAAAUUAGGUGCAGGAGUAGGCCAUUCGGCCCUUCGAGCCUGCACCGCCAUUCAAUAUGAUCAUGGCUGAUCAUCCAACUCAGUAUCCCGUACCUGCCUUCUCUCCAUACCCUCUGAUCCCCUUUAGCCACAAGGGCCACAUCUAACUCCCUCUUAAAUAUAGCCAAUGAACUGGCCUCAACUACCCUCUGUGGCAGAGAAUUCCAGAGAUUCACCACUCUCUGUGUGAAAAAAGUUCUUCUCAUGUCGGUUUUAAAAGAUUUCCCCCUUAUCCUUAAACUGUGACCCCUUGUCCUGGAACGUCCUGUGAUCUUACGAGAAUGCAUCGAGAAAUGACCAAGUACAGCAACAGUUGGCAAGGAAAUCAACCACGCACAAUGUUACAAAUCCUAAAGAGCCAGAGGGCAGGGAGGAAAGGUAAAUAUCUCCCAGGGAAGAUGACAGUACCUGGGCGAUUGUCUUGCUGUUGCUAUUAGUGUGUAAUGUGAGAUGGGGUUGCAUAUUCAUGAGCUGAGCUAUGACUGCCGGGCGGAUCACCGUGAAUGAUACCGGCUGCCCCACCCUGACGGAGGCUCAGCACAUCCAGCUGACUUGCCUUCGAAUCAGCAGCAGGAGAAACAAACGUGUCAUCUCCCUUGCCCUGGAACCUCUCACCGAUUGCAAUGGGAUUGAACUUCUCUGCACAGUUGGACAGCAGAAUGCGGGAUUACCUGAGAGGGAAGGCGGACGAGGUCCUGGACGACAUGCGGCCUCACUGUCGCAGGUGCUGCGCGGCUGCCUUCCUCAACCAGGUCUGCAGCGAGCUGGAGAUGCAGGCGAGCCACGCUGUUCAACUGCUGCACAACAAGGUGUCUGGAAGUACUGACCAAGUGAUAUCCAGUGGCUACAUCAUGCAGUAUGUGGAACACAAGAGGAAGUGGAAGGAGAAAUACUUUGUGAUGAAGGCGAGCUACCUGUUGGAGUGUUUUGAAACUAAAGAGGCUGCCCAGAGAGGAGCAGGAGCAGACAGCGAGAUACGCCUUUCGGGCUGCAUCCUGUUGAACGAGGUGUCUGCCUACAGGGAGAUGCUGAGACAAAGCUGGCCUGCACUCAAUGGUGUGGCAGACUCUCACUUGGAAGAACAGCACACGAGCUUUCCGACAAGGCACCAACUCUUCCUGUGGCACGCCUACAGACCCCACCUCCUUCUCAGUUUCCGCACUGAAGAAGACUCUCACACCUGGGCCAUGCUCCUUGCUGAUGGGGUUCGACGUCUAAACACCGUGCUCUUUGGCAGAGACUCCUUUGAGGCCCGUGUGUUCCUGGAAGCAGUGCGCGGAUAUAGGGAACAGAAUGGACAUUACGGCAUCUGUGACUUGUACUUGGGUUCAGAGAUCGAGAUCCUGAGUAAUCUGGUGAUGGAAGACUUGUGUCCUGCGUUGGAGUCUCAGCUCAUUCCUCACGUCAGAGGGCCAGAGAGCAAGAGGAAGCAAACCUGGCUCAGGAUGCUGGGGGCGAUGUUCGGCGUGGUGGAAGGCCGGGUGUCCGAGAGGUUCCAGGCUCUGGUCCAGGACAACGAGGAGCAGAGGCAGCGGCUGGAGCGGGCAGUGCGGCCAGACCUCAGCCAGAUCCUCACCUCCAAGAAGCAGCUCGGCCACAAGCUCCAAGCCUCGGUGGGGGAGAGGGUGCGGGACUUCUGCCGAGCGCAGGUGGAGCCGCAGCUUGGGUCAGUGCGGGACGCAGUGGCAGCAUCAGUCAGAGAUCUCCUCGCCGAGACCCGAACACUCUUCUCGCAGGAUGUGGGUGAAGUGAUCAGCGCGGUGAAGAGUGGAGGAGACAACUGCUCGCUGCCUGAGGUAAGCAGCCGGCUCCUGGAGUUUCCACAUCACUCGACACAGCUACAUCUCUGCUACAGGAAGACCAACAAGCUGGAACAACACCUGGACAAAGUGGCCCCACAUUUCACUUUUGACGGGGUUCACUUUCUGGUUCAGCGAGCUGAAAACAUGGUCCAGCAGUUGAUGGAAGAUGCAGUUUACACCUUUCAGCACAUGCUCGCUUCUAUGCAGCCUGCCAUGGGACUCCCAGCUGAAACCAACCAGCUCCUUGAUAAUACCAGAGUCCUUGUCCUAAAGAAGUUCGACUCGGACAGCAAUGCUGCCGGACGGCAGUUUGUUCGGGACACCCUCUUGGAGCUUGUUCUGCCCUUUGUGCUGAAGAACCUGGAUCCUGUCUGCAAACCAGAGCUGCCUGCGUAUGAGGCAGAUGUGCCUGUGGAUGACGAGGGAGUAAUACAGAUUGAAAACAUCUACAAGGAACUCGUCCUGCAUGUUGUGUCUGAGGAAAUUAACAAAGCCAUGAAGGUGUCGUCCACAGGGCCAGAGUUCAGUCUGUACAAUGAGAGUGUGGAUUCCCCGCGGGAGGGUGAGACCCAGCAUUCCAUUGCUCAACACUCCAAUUCCACCCGGUCUACAAGUCCAACGGAUUCACCAGCACCUGAAGAAGACAGGGAUGAAACUGGGAGCACGUCACCGUCGGGGAAUGACACAAUGGCUGGAGCAAUGUGAUCAUCACCAUGACUGCUGGAGACGCCGGACUUUAGUCACCAGAUUGGUGGAUGCAAUGGAACAUGACGGUGGGCAAGCAGAUUGGAACAGAAAGUUAAAAGGAACUUGCAGCUCAGUUCAAAGAGACAAUGUCAUUUGGAGAUAUGGGGCAAUCCUGGACAUUCCCGGUAGAUAUGGAGGACUUCAAUCAUCCUUCCACAUAACUGUAACCCUGAAGUGAUCCACAAUGAUGAGCUGUUGAACGUUGACUUAUGUAGAAACAAAGAACUGCAGGUGCCAGUUAAUACACAAAAGGAUACAAAGUGCUGGAGUUACUCAGCGGGUCAGGCAGCAUCCCUGGAGAACAGGGAUAGGUGAUGUUUCGGGUCAAGGCCCUUCUUCAGACUGAUUGUGUUGAAUUGUUCCUCCUCCUUGUGCUCCACCUGGACUCUCAUCUAUUUCUCCCCUCCUCCUCUAUUUCUUCUUCCGGCUUCACAAUUGUUCAUUCAUGUCUCCCAACUUCUGCUUUUAUCUCUGCCUUUGUUCCAACCAUCUGCCUAUCAAACAUCCCCUUCUCCCGCUACACUUUCUUCUGCCUCUCCUCUCUUCUAGCUUUCUUCCUCCCCCCACCAUCACCUACAAGCAACCUAUACCCGGCCACUGACACUCUCCUCCGCCUAGCGGAGUUGGUCCUUACCCUCAAUAACUUCCUGCUGCAUCCGCUGAGUUUCUCCAGCACUUUUGUGUAGCUUCGAUUUCCCAGCAUCUGCAGUUCCUUCUUAAACACCACCUACAAUCAGUCUGAAGAACGGUUCCAACCCGAAAUGUCACCUAUCCAUGUUCUCCACAGAUGCUGCCUGACCCGCUGAGUUACUC